AUGGAUAUCAGUAACGAGGCCACCGUUGAUCGGUUCUCAAUCGGACCAUCAACAGCCUUUGGCCGGACAAUUGCUUUCAGAGUUCUAUUCUGCAAGUCAAUGGCACAUUUCCGGCAUCAAAUCUUUCAUAUAUUAUCGUUUUACUUCGAUACAAUUAGAACAUACAUAUCAGAUAUCGCUACCCAUUAUCUCAUGGUUACAUCCUCGCAACCCACAAGGAAUCCUACUAUUAGUAACCCUAAUCGCCUUCUUGCUAAAACGCUACACAAACGUGAAAAUAAAGGCCGAAAUGGCUUACCGGAGAAAAUUCUGGCGAAACAUGAUGAGGGCUGCGCUAACCUACGAAGAAUGGGCUCACGCUGCCAAGAUGUUAGAUAA